UCUUCUCCGAUUGUAACAUAUCUAUACUGCAAUUAGUUUCAAUUUGUUUACUGUGGUUUGCUGCAGAUGUGAGAUCAAAAAUUUUUUGCUUAUAUUAGAUUGAAAAAACUCUUAUUGUCGUAAUAAAAGACAAUAAAUAACAGUAAAAAUGCCGCGAAUAAUGAUAAAGGGUGGUGUCUGGCGGAAUACGGAGGAUGAAAUAUUGAAAGCAGCUGUAAUGAAAUAUGGCAAAAAUCAAUGGAGUCGUAUUGCUUCUUUACUACAUAGAAAAUCUGCCAAACAAUGCAAGGCAAGAUGGUUUGAAUGGUUGGAUCCUAGCAUAAAGAAAACUGAAUGGAGUAGAGAAGAAGAUGAAAAACUACUGCAUAUGGCUAAGCUGAUGCCUACACAAUGGAGAACCAUUGCGCCUAUUAUUGGACGAACAGCAGCUCAGUGUCUAGAAAGAUAUGAAUAUUUGCUUGAUCAAGCACAAAAAAAGGAAGAAGGAGAUGAUGCAGUUGAUGAUCCUCGCAAACUUAAACCUGGUGAAAUCGAUCCUAAUCCAGAGACGAAACCAGCAAGACCCGAUCCUAAAGAUAUGGAUGAAGAUGAAUUGGAAAUGUUGUCAGAAGCACGUGCUAGGCUGGCAAACACUCAAGGAAAGAAAGCAAAACGCAAAGCUCGCGAAAAGCAGCUGGAGGAAGCACGUAGGCUAGCGGCUUUGCAGAAGCGUAGGGAAUUAAGAGCCGCUGGGAUUACAGUGUCUCAAAAGAACAAACGCAAACGCGGCGUCAAUUAUAAUACGGAAAUACCAUUUGAGAAACGACCAGCAUCCGGUUUUUAUGAUACAUCUAAUGAACACGUUGAUCCUUUAGCGAUCGAUUUUUCUAGAAUGAGACAGCAGCAUUUAGAUGGUGAACUGCGACAAGAAAAGGAAGAAAUGGAACGUCGGAAAGAUAAGCAGAAAUUAAAACAGCGUAAAGAAAAUGAUAUCCCAAUGGGUAUGCUCAACAAUGAAGAGCCUGUGAAAAAGAGGAGUAAAUUGGUCUUACCAGAACCACAAAUCUCUGAUCAAGAAUUGCAACAAGUGGUGAAACUUGGUAGAGCUUCCGAGGUCGCGCGUGAAGUUGCUACUGAGAGUGGUAUUACGCUGUCCGAUAGCUUGUUAGCCGAUUAUUCUUUACCGACAAACGCUGCAGCAACACCUCGCACACCGGCCGCUACAGACAGAAUAUUGCAAGAAGCUCAAAAUGUCAUGGCUCUUACGCAUGUGGACACACCGUUAAAGGGUGGCUUGAACACUCCGCUGAACAAUCCGGAUUUUACUGGCGUUGUGCCGCCUAGUAAUGUCGUCGCAACACCGAAUACGAUUUUAGCGACGCCGUUCCGAUCGCAACGCAGCGAUGGAACACCUACGAAUUCGUUCAACACACCGGGCGGAGCAUCAGUGCGAACGCAAAACGGAGUUCUAGCAGCAACGCCGGUUCGCGACAAGCUCAACAUAAAUCCGGACGAAAAUGUGGAUGGCUCAGAAACUCCACUCAUGCAGACGCAAGCAAAGACUUCGUUACGCGCGGCAUUGAGUUCCUUACCGGCACCCUGUAAUGACUACGAGAUAGAUGUCGGAGAUGGAGAAGUAAACGAGGAAAGACCUAGCACGCCUACAAGUGAGAUGAUCGAGGACCAAGCCGAUAUAGACGCUAGGCAACAGCAAGAAUUACUAGAAGAAAAGAAAAGGGAAUUAGCACGUAGGUCGCAAGUAAUACAAAGAGAGCUGCCACGACCUGCGGAUGUAAAUAUGAAUAUCUUGAGACCAUAUAUGGACACGCCUCUGACUGAUUUGCAGAGAGCAGAAGAAUUGAUAAAGAGAGAAAUGAUCACUAUGCUGCACUACGAUGCGCUACAAAAUCCAACGCAACCAAAUCGAAAGGGUGCCGCAAUAUCAUUAGGGCAGGCUCAGGCUUAUCUAGAACAACAUCCAUAUGAUGCUUUCGAAGAAAACGAACUUCUUGACGCUAAGAAAGUGUUAGCCGAUGAGAUGGCGGUUGUAAAGGAAGGAAUGGCACACGGAGAAUUGAGCUUAGACGCCUACACCACCGUAUGGGAGGAAUGUUUGUCGCAGAUUCUGUACCUCGAAACGCAGAAACGAUACACUCGCGCGACGCUGGCUUCGAAGAAAGACAGGGUGGAGGCGUGCGAGAGGAAAUUGGAGGAAAAUCGUAUGCACAUGACGGGGGAAGCUAAACGCGCUGCGAGAAUGGAAAAGAAACUGAAAGUACUCACCGGAGGUUAUCAGACGAGGACACAGGUGUUGACGAAACAAUUACAUGAUCUGGGAGAGCAAAUAGAGCAAGCGCAUCUCGAACUGUCGACGUUUAAGUUUUUGGAAACGCAAGAAGAGGCGGCAAUUCCAAGAAGAAUAAACGCGCUAAUGGAAGAUGUGAACAGACAGACGGAACGAGAACGCUCGUUACAAAUCCGAUACGCACAGCUGCAAGAUCAGUUGCAUCAAUUUCAUUUAACUGACAUGGCGUCUUAGGAACACAUUACAGUGCUUGUUGAGCGACAAAGUGUGUUGUAAUAUGUAUUACUUUCUGACGUUCCACUUAAGUUGUAAAAUUACGCCCUCAGAAAUAUUAUGUGCUAUUAGAAUCAAUUGUUUCCUUUUCAAAAAUAAGAAAUUUAAUGUAUGAUUUUUUUAUAGCUAUUAAUGUCGUUAGUGUUAUUUUAAAACUUAU